UCAGGUCCUUUCGCCUUUUGUUCGGUUACUGAGUUGCUGCCUUGGCCAGAGUUCGGAGCAGCCGCCGCCCGAGCGCGCCGAGCUCAGUUCGCUGCCCGCGCCGGCUCCCAGCCCGGCCCGACCCCUACACCCAGCCCGGCCAGGCUCCACAAGCAGCAGCCGCCAUGGAAGUGAUGAACCUGAUCGAACAACCCAUCAAGGUGACUGAGUGGCAGCAGACAUACACCUAUGACUCUGGCAUCCACUCGGGUGCCAACACCUGUGUGCCCUCGGUCAGUAGCAAGGGCAUCAUGGAAGAGGAUGAGGCCUGUGGGUGCCAGUACACGCUCAAGAAGACCACCACCUACGCAACCAUCGGCCUGAUCAGGAAUCUGGCCCUGUGCCCAGCAAACCACGCCCCGCUGCAGGAGGCGGCGGUUAUCCCCCGCCUCGUCCAGUUGCUGGUCAAGGCUCACCAGGAUGCCCAGCGCCAUGUGGCUGCAGGCACCCAGCAGCCCUACACGGACGGUGUGAGGAUGGAGGAGAUUGUGGAGGGCUGCACCGGAGCCCUGCACAUCCUCGCCCGGGAUCCCAUGAACCGCAUGGAGAUCUUCCGACUCAACACCAUCCCCCUGUUUGUACAGCUCCUGUACUCGUCAGUGGAGAACAUCCAGCGCGUGGCCGCCGGGGUCCUGUGUGAGCUGGCCCAGGACAAGGAGGCUGCUGAUGCCAUUGAUGCUGAGGGCGCCUCGGCCCCACUCAUGGAGCUCCUGCACUCCCACAACGAGGGCACCGCCACCUACGCUGCUGCUGUCUUGUUCCGCAUCUCCGAGGACAAGAACCCAGAUUACCGUAAGCGCGUGUCUGUGGAGCUCACCAACUCCCUCUUCAAGCAUGACCCCGCUGCCUGGGAGGCUGCCCAGAGCAUGAUCCCCAUCAAUGAACCCUAUGCAGAUGACAUGGAUGCCACCUACCGCCCCAUGUACUCGAGCGAUGUGCCCCUGGACCCCCUGGACAUGCACAUGGACAUGGACGGGGACUAUCCCAUCGACACCUACAGCGACGGCCUGAGGCCCCCCUACCCCACGGCAGACCACAUGCUGGCCUAGCUGGCUCCACUCCAGUGCGGUUCCUCAUCUGAGAGGCUCUCCGUGCAGGCGAUGGGGCGAGACAGAAAAGUGCCUGAGCCCAGGGGAGCAGGGCUGCGACUUCUCGCCGAACCCCACGCCUCCAGAGGUCCUCUGUAGGGUCUUUCUUGGGAUGAUGAUCUGCUCCUGCUUUUCUGUCUUGGGCUGUGGGUCCAGGGCCAAACACCCCCUCCCCACCUCUGUGGCCCCGGCACUAAAGCUUUAGACUCAACCACCUGCUCUCUUCCCCCACCAGCAAUCACCCCCCACCCCCACCCCAGGUGGCCUGACUCCAGCAGCCCGGGCCCCACAGAGAUUUGAUUCCUUCUCUGGGCCUGAUUGUCUCACUGAACACCAACCAACCAGCUGUUCUGAGCCCCUGGGGUGUCCAGGACCCAGGUUCAAGGCCCAAAGCCCAGAAUCCAAAGCUUGUUUUGAAAAGUUCAGGGACGGACCACAGAGAUGGGACAGAGAUGCAGAGAGUGAAUCCUCCACUCCAGGACCCUCCUGCUCCUCUCUCCAGGACAUUCAACUGGCUUUGGCCCCUUCCUGGGAGCUCUGGGGAUGACGCCCUCACACCCCGUCCCACCCACAACCGCCCUAGCUGACUCCUGAGAAGUGCUCUUGGCUGACCCUUCUGGUGUGCGGUGAGGGGCUUUCUCUUCCCCUUCCUGUUUCGAACCCUCCACCACCUCCUGCACGUGGGUGUGGGGGGCUGGGGGAGGUCCCAGCAGAGAGUUUUAUUAUUCUGGCUUUAUGUUUUUGGUUAUUGGUUUUUUUGUAUAGACCAAAGCAAAGAAAAUAAAACUAACACACAGAUCUAA